CCUCUUUUUUUUUUUUUUCUGUUACAACAUCACAGAGGAUGUGUCAACACAGACAGGGAGAACAUGGAGAGCCUAGACUUCACACCCGGUCAAAUAAUCUGAGCUAAAACCAGAGGAAGAGGGGGCCACAGCUGAUGAGAAAGAGCUUGAAUCUCAGUUGCCGACCUGAUAUUUUGGAUUCCCAACAUGGACAAGAAUGGUGACGUCCCAAAGACAUUUGUGUCCACCUUUCGCCUGGCCCUCAGGCGCUGUGAGAGGAAGCAGAAUGGACUGGAAACCAGUGGCAGGAAAAUAACAGGAAACAACAAACUGGGGCUCUCAUCUGCAACAGGUGUCAAACAGGUAAAGGUUCAGUCUGUGGAAGCCCCGCGCUUUAAAGAACCACUCCAGAACUGCUUGGUCUGCGACGGGGGUGACGCCAUGUUUUGUGGGGUCAUCACAGGAAGUGAGCCAAUGAGGGUUUCCUGGCUGCACAAUGGUGUAGAAGUGAACUCAGGUCAUGCUUUCAAAACAGGUGUUGCCACUUUAAGCCUAACUCAGUGCUCACAUGGAAAAGCUGGAGUGUACACCUGCACAGCCGAGAAUAGUGCAGGAAAAACAUCAAGCAGUGGUUUAUUGCAAAUUACAGGACCAGCAACAAAAGAAACGUCCAGAACAAGCAGCUGUGACACGUUCAAGGAAACGUCACAUCAAAACAAUAAACUGCCCUCAAAUGCUGAAGGGCAAAGUCAACACAGAGAGGAAAAAGGUGUCAGAGGCACCAACCUUCAAGCAAACAUUAGUCCUACUAAGAAAGGGCCUCCUGUAUCAUUCCUCAACCCACCGGAGAAGAUUGAGGCUCGAGUGGGUGAGCAGACUCGGCUACACUGUGAGUUCAAGAGCGCCUCUCUCCCUGUGGCCUGCUGCUGGAUUUACAAUAAACGCAAAGUGGUGGCAGGAGGCCCUCGGAUUUCAGUUCAGGGGACGAGGACCCAAAGCAGUGUGGAGAUCUCUCAGGCCGUCCCAGAAGAUGCAGGCUUGUACACUGUAGUUGUCCAGAACAGACAUGGAUCUGCUCAGCACACCGUGUCCCUCAGUGUUGUAGACCGACCCACUCCGCCAUCGUCCCAGCCCAUUGUUUCCAGGUUGUCGACCCAAUCCCUGGUUCUCUCCUGGACCGGCCCCAGCUACGACGGAGGCACAGCCAUCUUGGGAUACAUUGUAGAGGUCUGCCGAGAAGUCCCCAACAAGCCUGAGGGCUGGACUGAAAUAAGUAGAUGUAAAAACACAUCGUUCCACAUCCACUCGGGCCUGGAACCUCUGGGACAGUACCGGUUCCGCGUCAGAGCGUACAACCCCGUGGGGAUCAGCGAGCCGAGCCAGGAGUCUGACAGUGUCAAGAUGGCAACUGGGAAGGAGAAGAAACAAGAGCCGGAGUCAUACAUUACUGUGACCAUUGACACCAAACACAAGGUCAGGGAUCACUACAACGUGCAUGAGAAGCUGGGAGUAGGAAAGUUUGGCGAGGUGUACAGAUUGACCCACAAGGAGACGGGUCAAGAGGGUGCGGCCAAGUUCUACCGAGCUCGAACCUCCAAGGACAAGUCGGUGGCUCGCCAAGAAAUCCAGUUAAUGAACAAGCUCCACCACCCAAAGAUUGUCCAGUGUCUGGCUGCCUACGAGACUCGCUCUGAGAUGGCCAUGAUCAUGGAGUACAUCGCAGGCGGCGAGCUCUUUGAGCGCAUCGUGGACGACCACUUCGAGCACACGGAGCCCACCAGCGCUCGCUACAUGAAGCAGAUCCUGGAGGGCAUGCAGUACGUUCACCAGCAGAACAUCAUCCACCUGGACCUCAAACCGGAGAACAUCGUCUGCGUGGACCACAGAGGGACGCAGAUCAAGAUCAUCGACUUUGGCUUGGCCAUGGAACUAGAGAAGGGUAAACCAGUGUUGGUGAUGCAUGGCACUCCGGAGUUUGUGGCCCCAGAGGUGGUCAACUAUGAGCCCGUGGGGUUGGAGACAGACAUGUGGAGCAUUGGAGUCAUCUGCUUCAUCUUACUCAGCGGAGAAUCCCCCUUCCAAGGAAACAACGAAGCAGAGACUUUAGCUCUUGUGACCGCUGCCGAAUUUGAGUUUGACCCUGAGAGUUUUGAGGACAUCUCUGAUGAGGCCAAAGACUUUAUCAGCUCCCUGCUGAAAAAGGAUCGAAGAGCCAGGCUGUCGUGCACAGCGGCCCUCGCCCACUCCUGGAUGGCUUCUUUUACCCCUCUGACCUACAGACCCUCCAAAUCCCUGAGGAAAGACAAAAUGAAGCGCUUUCUGGCCCGGCGCAAGUGGAAGAAAACUGGCCAAGCUGUUUUGGCCCUGAAACGGUUCGCUAACCUCUCCAACAGGCCAGACUCUCCUGGCUGUUCCUUUGAGGAGCCAGGCUGGAGCCAGGAGGCAGAGGAGGCCAUCCGGUCGCUGGACAAGCAGCUGCAGACUGAGCCGCGCUUCCAGGAGGCCCUGAAGGACGUCAGCCUUCCCAAGGGAGCGACUGCAGAGCUGAGCUGCCGUGUUGAUGGGUACCCUCAGCCAGAGGUGCAGUGGCUUCAUGACGACCAGCCGCUGUCUGACCCCAGCAGGGUGUCGGUGCAGCAGCUGGAGGACGGACUCUGUUCUCUGGUUCUGGCUGAUCUGACGCCCUCCGACUCGGGGGUCUACGUGUGCAGAGCCAAAAACACGCUGGGGGAAGCGACGUGUUCUGCCAAACUGAAAGUAAAGCUGUAGGAUGCGAGCGGGCAGAUGGUUUCCUUUUAUUAUGGUGGAACACAGUACCGGGACACAUGUUCACAGGCACACAAACGGAUGCUUUUCCACUGCACAGCACGGGCGGCCUUAUUGUCUUCAAAUGUUUAAUUUUACCUACUUUUUUUUUUUACACAUUUUCAGCUGUUUGUACACUUUGCAUCUUGAAUAUGCAGCUGCACUAAUAGUUUUUAAACUAUAGUUUAAUGUGCUUUUUAUAUAUUGGUCACAUUUUUAAGACAUUAAAAUUAAAGGCAAACUUUUCAGGAAA